AUGGUAUCAGAGUCGCGUCAAGGAAGUGCGAAAAGUUAUUCGGUGGGUUACCAAGCAAGGUCCAGAUCGAGUUCUCAAAGAAGGCAUUCGUUGACACGUCAACGUUCUUCUCAAAGAUUAAUUAGAACUAUUAGUAUCGAGUCCGAUGUUUCGAAUAUUACUGAUGAUGACGAUUUGAGGGCUGCCAAUGAGGGAGUCGCUGACCUUGAAUUGAACAUCUCUGAAACUGCGAAUAAGGGACCAAGGAAGGCAUCAGCAACAGAUGCCACCGAUAGUUCAGGGUCAACUUCAUCGGAAUAUAUCGAGAUUCCUUUUGUUAAGGAAACAUUGGAUGCAAGUUUACCUCAAGAUUAUCUAAAGCAAGAUAUAUUGAAUCUGAUUCAAAGUUUGAAGAUAUUCAAGUGGUAUAACAAUAAGAAAGUUCAACCAGUGGCUCAAGAUAUAAACUUGAUCAAGAUCUCGGGUGCAAUGACAAAUGCAAUCUUCAAAGUUGAAUAUCCUAAGUUGCCAUCGCUACUAUUGAGAAUAUACGGGCCAAACAUCGAUAACAUCAUUGACAGGGAAUAUGAAUUGCAGAUUUUAGCCAGGCUUUCGUUAAGAAAUAUAGGCCCCUCCCUUUACGGCUGUUUUGUAAAUGGUAGAUUUGAGCAAUUUUUAGAGGAUUCAAAAACUUUGACGAAAGAUGACAUUAGAAAUUGGAAAAACUCUCAAAGAAUUGCAAGAAGAAUGAAGGAGUUGCAUGUAGGUGUGCCUCUUUUGAGUUCUGAGAGGAAGAAUGGGUCCGCUUGCUGGCAAAAGAUUAAACAGUGGUUGCGCACGAUUGAAAAGGUCGAACAAUGGGUAAAAGACCCCAAAAAUGCCGAGAAAUCCUUGCUAUGUGAGAAUUGGGCCAAGUUUAUUGACAUCGUUGAUAGAUAUCACAAAUGGCUUAUUUCACAAGAACAGGGCAUGGAGCAGAUUAACAAAAACCUCGUGUUCUGCCACAAUGAUGCUCAAUACGGUAAUUUACUUUUUACAGCUCCCGUGAUGAACACACCGAGCCUAUACACAGCACCUUCAUCUACAUCACUGGUUUCACAAUCGAGUUCCUUGUUUCCGUCGGAUUCUAACAUCAUAGUGGAUGAUAUCAUUAACCCACCUAAACAAGAACAAAGUCAAGACUCGAAACUAGUUGUCAUUGAUUUUGAGUAUGCAGGUGCCAAUCCCGCAGCGUACGAUCUAGCAAACCAUCUUUCCGAGUGGAUGUAUGAUUAUACCAAUGCCAAAGCUCCACAUAAGUGUCAUACGGAUAGAUAUCCAGAUAAAGAGCAGGUUUUGAAUUUUUUAUACUCUUAUGUUUCUCAUCUAAGGGGUGGAGCUAAGGAACCUAUAGACGAAGAGGUUCAAAGACUCUACAAAUCAAUCAUUCAAUGGAGACCCACCGUACAACUCUUUUGGUCGCUCUGGGCCAUCCUACAAAGUGGCGAGUUGGAAAAGGAAGAAGCUCUCUACGCCUCGGCCAGAGAAGAAAUUGGACCCAACGGAUUAAAAUAUAUCAUCAAGACUGAACCUGAAUCCCUUGAAGACCUUGUUGAAAAUGAAGACGAACCUGAAGCUGGCGUCAGCAUUGACACGUUUGAUUAUAUGGCUUACGGCCGCGACAAGAUUGCAGUCUUCUGGGGCGACCUCAUUGGUUUAGGCAUAAUCACCGAAGAAGAAUGCAAAAAUUUUAGCUCUUUCAAAUUCCUAGAUACUAGCUAUUUGUAA